AUGGGACUCCCGGCAGCCAAGGACAUCAGCUUCGACAUCGACAAGUACAUCAACCGCUUUGUCCCUCCAUCGCAGCUCCACCGCCUUCCCAAGCCAAUCUCAAGGUUCCUCGGCUACCGCGAGUCUGCUGUUGGCGAUGUCGGCAGUGUGCUCGUAUGGUUUUGGGCAUUUGUCGGGGCCUUUAUCGGCGUAAUAGUCGUGGCCCAGGUGUACAUGGUUGAUGCCAUUCAGAAGUACUCCCCCCCGGUACUCUUCGCAAGUUUUGGUGCAACGGCUAUCCUCGACUAUCAAACGAUAAAGUCGCCUCUGGCCCAGCCUCGCAACGCCCUCAUCGGCCACGGUCUCUCAGCUGUUGUCGGCGUGGGCAUCACAAAGCUUUUCAUGCUAAGUGACAACUUUCAUGACAUCCGAUGGCUAGCUGGUGCCCUAGCCUGCGGCCUGUCCUCAAGCAUUAUGGGAGCCACAAACACAAUCCAUCCCCCAGGAGGCGCCACUGCUUUGAUUGCCGCCAUCGACCCUGUCGCCAGUGCCAUGGGAUGGAUGUUUGUGCCCAUCGUCCUGCUGGGGGCUGUCCUUAUGCUUCUUGUGGCCCUGAUUGUCAACAACAUUCAACGGCAGUUUCCAAUGUUCUGGUGGACGCCGCUGCAGGUUGGCCGGCAGAUUGACCAUGAAGCCAAGCAAUCAGAAGACGUAGAGAAGCAAGCAGAAGAUCCGGACGUGCAGAAACUGGAGAGGACGUUCAGCAAAGUUUAUGGAUUCAACACGGAGCAGUGUGUCAUCAUCACUGCGGAUGAUAUCCUACUGCCGGAAAAUUUCUCGCUGGGCCCAGAAGAGAAGGGAAUAGCGCAGAUAUUCAGGUCUCGCCUUCGCAAUCAUCUAGUACGUCGAAACCUUGCAGCACCCAGUUUUGAUAGCGACUCGACUUGGGGUACCGAUUGA